AUGUCUGUCAGCUACUUAUGUUCUAACGAUGUUUUGGAUGUUCCGUACAUCAGUUUCCCAGACUUACUCAAGAAGAGAGCAAAGGAUACUCCAACUAAAGAGAUAUGCAUUUUCUUUGAUGAAAACAAUGAAAGGUCCGUCUUAACAUGCGGAGAACUUUACGACAAAGCAACAAAGUUUGCAAGAGCACUAGUUCAAAUGGGAAUUAAGAAAGGAGACAUAAUUGGACUCAGUGGAAGAAAUGUUCCAGAAUGGUUAAUUGCUGAUUUGGGAGUGCAGAUGGCGGGUGGUUGCUCACUGUGCUUGCCAUACCAACAAAAAGAAGAGGAUUGUGUCCUAUUGUUCAAUAGCAUUGGUAAUGUAAAAUUACUCAUUACUGAUCCAGGUCCCGAUGGACAAAAUCAUCACGCUGUCAAAAGCAUCAUUGAUAAAAUGGAUUCUUGGGAUGUUCCUGGGUUACAACAAGUUAUUUUAUUUUUCCCUCACGAGUCUUUACCAUCCCUAUACAAUGUUCAAGAUUUGUGCUCCGAUGAGAUCGACGCAGCUCUUCCGAGAAUUGACCCCGAGGACAUUGCAAUUAUUCUCAUGUCUUCGGGUACUACCAGCCUUCCUAAAGCAAUACCGCAUUCACACCAUGCCCUGGUUGUUCUUUCUUUUCAUUUCGUUAAUGGAUUCAAAACAAAUAACGAAAAAGAGGUACUGUACAAUGACAGGCCGUUCUUUUGGGGCGGUGGGUACCCUUAUUGGGAGGUGGGUAGUGGUGGAACUCGGGUAACAUUAAAAAAUACACUCCAUCUUACUUCGAUGGCUGAAGCAGCUGUAACUGCCUGUGGUAUCAUAGCAAGAGAGAACGCAACACAAGCUCUUCUAGCUCCUUCUAUGAUAGAUUUGAUAUUGAAGAGAAACAUAAAUUUAAAAGUACAAAGAAUUAUCACGGGAAGCAUGGUAGUAUAUUCCUCAAGUUUGGAAAGUAUUGGCAAAAUUUGUGAUGAAUAUCAAGUUGUAUACGCUUCGACAGAAUUGGGCUUUAUAUCGACCAGAAUUUACACUGCAGACGAUAAGGCUAGUGUUAAAUACAAAGUCCUUAGCUGUCGACCAGUUCCUGGAGUGGAGAUCAAAGUCACAGAUGACAACGGAUUACUUCAGCCGGUAGGUCAACAAGGCAAAAUAUGGAUUCGGUCUUUUAAAAGAUUUCCUGGAUAUCUCAAUCAUACAAUUUUAUCUGAAUCCGAGGAAUAUUUUAGGAAAAGCGGGUGGUUCUCACUAGAUGACGGCGGUUUUGUGACAGAUGAUAACUUUUUGAUUGUAGAGGGACGGCGUCAAGAGAUGAUACAAGUGUUUGGUCGACAAAUAUAUCCUGUCGAGAUUGAGAAUGUUAUCAAAUCCAAGGGCAAUGUCAUCGCAGCCAUUGUGAUGCCAAUUAAGGACAUGAAAACUGGAGAUUUGGUUCCCAGCGCAGCCAUUAUUUACCGACCACAGAGUGAGGACUCCACUGAGAGUAUGCAAGACUACCUCCGAAAAGAAUUCAACAUAACUACAGAGAAUAAGCUGCUUGGAUGCUUGUAUGUCCCGCAUGUGAUCAUAAGUUUGAAAGAAUUUCCACUGUUAGCAAAUGGAAAGCCAAAUCGUAGGGCAAUUCGACAGAUCAUCCUUGGAAUAGUUGACAAAAAGAAAUACGACUGUUCAUGAAAACAUCGACUCUCUGCCGUAA